CUUCUGAUUCACCAGGGCGUGCAGCCACGAUGACGACGGCAACAAUGGUGCAGCAGGCUUCGGCGCUCUUGUCGAGCCUGUCGACCGAUGCGGAGUCACUCCUCGCUCAGUUGUCGAGUACAUUUCCACUUGACUCGCAAUCUGGCGCGACCGGGGGCCACUCGUUGCUCGGGCUCAAGAACCUGACGAUGGUCUCGUACCUGCACCACCUCAUCCUUCUGUGCUCUCUGCAGCUCAGCGGGCCCUCUGCUUCCGAAAAGAGCUCGUUAAGCGAAAGGAGAGGAGACAUUGUGGACAAUCUCAUCCGGCAGCGGCUCGUGCUGGAGAAGAUGAGGCCCAUGGAGGCGCGCAUCAAGGGCCACAUCGAGGGCCUCCUGCGGGCUGCGACUUCUUCCUCUGCCAAUGCACAGGACCGUCAGAACAACGAUGACGAGGGUGAAGGAGCCGCAGAUGUCGACCCGCUCUCGUUCCGGCCCAACCUGGCCUCGUUUGACCAGGGUCCUUCAUCCCAGCCUGACCGUCGCUCCAAGACCAAGAAGGACUCUCGUCCGUCUCGAAACGCUGAAACCGACGACAGCGACGGCAUCUACCGGCCACCGCGUCUGGCGCCCGUGGCGUACGACGAAAACUACAAGAGCAAGCGCAAGGGCGCCAAGGAACGGCCCACCAAGCGGAGCGCUGCGCUGCUCGCCGAUCUGUCUUCUUCGCUGUCUGCGAACCCGUACGAGAUGUCGUCGUCGGGCGUGGGCGUUGGCUCGUCGGGCCGUGAGGGAAACUCGAGCAGCCGGGCAAAGGCACUGGCGCGCAUGCAGGCGUACGAAGAGGACAACUUCACCCGCUUGGCCCAAAGCAAGAAGGAUGCAAAGAGAAGGCGACGCGACGAGGAAGACGUGGCCCUGGGUGGCGCCGGCCUCUCGUCGAAGCGGGGAAGGGUUGGCGCUGGCUUGGAGGAAGAGUUUGGCGAUCUGCUCAGAGGCUCGUCAAGGGGAGGCAGCUUUGAAGGGGCAAGGAGAAAGGGUGCUCUGCAGAGAUCAAGGGACCUGUCCGGCGAUGGCGGCGGCGGCGCUGAUGUUCUGGCUGCUCCUACCGCAAGGGGCCGCAAGAACACAUUCGAAAAGAAGAUGAAGCACGACUCGCGCAGGAAGCAGCGUCGGUAGCGGUAGCACAGCUAGUGAAGUGUUUUGCAUUACAAAUUGUAUUAUUCCCUG